AUGACGAUACCUUGGAGAUCAAACAAGCACACAUUUGUGGUUACCUCUUUGAACCACUCAGAGAUUAUUGCUCUACAUGAGGCGGUUCGUGAGUACGUAUGGCUAAGGUCCAUCAUUACUCAUAUUCGAGGAACUAGUGGUUUAAGUUCUACCAUUGAAGAGUUUACGUGCAUUUAUGAAGAUAAUGCCAGUUGCAUCGAACAUAUGAAGCUAGGUUAUUUCAAGGGUGACAAUACAAAACAUAUAUCUCCAAAGUUUUUCUAUAAUCAGCAACAACAAGCUCUCCUCAAGAUUCAAGUGAACCAAAUUAAAUCUGAGGAGAAUGUUGCAGAUAUAUUUACCAAGUCAUUGCCUAAAGUUACGUUUAAAAAACAUGAGUAG